AGUCACAAACCGCCUCCCCAUGAAAACACCGGACAGACUCACAGAGAGGGAUCCUUGGCACAUUGCGGUGACAUCCACAACUCAACGAAAAGAAGCCCUUCAACAUUUCAACGACAAGGUAACAAGCCGAUUAAUUUAACACAUUAAUAUUUCUCUAGAAGCAGCAGUUAAUGGCCCUUUGUCGACCUUUUGUGGUGUUAAACAUAAACAGUGUGUUACUCAGGCUGUGCUGAGGUGUCUGUGGGUUCUGUCUGCUGUAACGUUAGCACCAACUCCACACAGCUGCUGCUGUUGUAACGUUAUGCUGCGUCCCUCCUGGUAUGCAUUGUUCUUCCCGUUAUAUGCACAGCCAAACCACCCAAUGUUAGCUGACUAAACCGCCCCCGUGGCCUCGUACUGAAGCAUUUUUCUCUAUUUCCCCUCGUUAUCAUUAUAAUCCUGAUACAACGUGAUAGGUAAGGAAGCUACACUCAGUCCGCGCUGGGUUCAUUUUCAACUCGAGGGGUUAUUUAUAUUAGAGUUAUGGCAAUAAAACAGCAGAUACGAGAAUUAAAAUUGUUAAUAAAAUGCUAACAGGUAUGCUGUUUCGUGCUGAGAAUACACGACCCCAGCCCAGUUUAGACCGCCUUUUAGCAUACGAGCUAGCUAGCUUAAAUGUUGAAGACGCCAGCUUGUUAUCUAUUUUUAGGUGGUCAGACUGUAAGCUCUUAAGCCACUCUUAACAGUGACCAAUGAGGCCUUGUUUUGAAUGAAAGAACUGUGUUUUUACCACAUUGAACCACCUGUGUCCGCCAUGGUUUCGAUGUAACGCUAUUCCCAGGUGUGUCUGUGGAUGUUACACUAGCAGUGGAUAGCCAAAUAUUCCCUCAUCUGAUCUUCCUCCCUGCUUGUGUGUAAAUAUUAACCCAGAGCAAUAACUGUAGUCAAACAUUUGUCUAUGUUCUGCCUCUGUUGGCAGGGUCACAUUUGGGAUCUGUGUUUCUUUUUCCCUUGGUUUAUUCUCCUCAGAGGAGGGCGGAACGAGUGACUCGUUUUAGCCUCGUUUUUUUUCCGCAGACAUGUCUCUUUCCUCUUUUGGGGAAAAAAAGGGGACAAACUUGAUCGAGGGUUGUGUCGUUGGAAAAAAUACACGUGUGCUCUAUUGGCAGGAAUCAUUAAGUGCCAACCAAGCUGGAAAAUUAACACAAAAACCAGAUCAUGGACGUUUGAGAUACAAAAGUAGAUUUAUACAUAUGUGAUGACUUCUUUAAACAUUUCUCCAUCAAUCCAUCAUACUUCUGACAUCCUUUUUUUUUUUUUUAAUUUAAUAUUUGUUAAAUUUUUAACCACAAUAAUGCAUCUCAAUACAACUAAUUUCUUUUCCUCCUUCCAGCCUAAUGAGUAUUUUCACAUACAUUCACAGAUAAUGUAGGAUUAAAGGUCCUCACACACUAAGACCGACUUAAAUAUACAACGCGAAAUUACGAAAUAUUCAGAGGCGAAUUUUGAUGCGCCUGACUAGACACAUCAAGCGCAAUGCGAUUUUGUGACUUUCCAAGGGGAAAAAAGACAGGUCCCGGGUGGAAGCGAGAAGACUGACACAACACCAGACUGAUUGUUUUUCAGUUCUGAUUAGACACUAGUGUUGAGAUGGCUGUCUGUCAUGAUAGCAUGUACUGAGUCGGGGCCAGUACCAGAUAAGCACAUUAAACUGUAAUCCAUAAAUGUAAGGUAACAACCGAGACCUUACGGCGCUGUGACGGCAACGCAAUUGAGUUUGAGACAGUGAAAAUACAUAUGGUAUGUUGUAUCUGAACAGGUUAGCUUACGUUACUUACGUUAAAGUUACUUAGCAGAGAUGAAAGUUAAAACAAAAACGCUUAGCAAACUGUUAAAGCACACAAACUAUCCAAAACAAUCAGCCAUGUUGGAUAUACCGGUGAAUCAGACGUCGCAACAACACGCAAUGUGAUUGGUCAGAAGUGGAAACACUGUAUGCUGCUUUAGAAAAAUCAAACGUGAUCCGAAAAAAUAAAUGCUGCAAUAUCACAGGACGGGAAAACGUCGCUGAUGUGAACGCUCGUAUUGACAGGACAGGUUCGAGAAAAAAAAUACUGACGUCCGAAAUAAUCGCACAAUAAAAACGGUCCGGGUGUGAAAGGACCUUUUAGUCAAAGAGAAUAAUCAUAGUAAUCAUCAAAAAUAACCAAUGUCCGCUUCAAAGUACAGAUUUAUAGGCACCAAUUCUACUCAGGAUGACAGUAUUUUGAUAUGAAUAGAAAGUACUUACACUAUUAACAUAAACUUUCAUUGCAUCAAUAAAAGUACCACAAGUUCCCAUCUUUCAAUAAGCCUUAGUGAAAAUGUGAUCUGCUCCAUUUGAUAAAUAUCCCAGACUUUAUGAAUUCAGAUAUUGUAUGAGGGAGGUUCUGGUUUCAGCCGUCUGAUGGUUAUAGACUUCAAGGCUGCAGUCAAUAAAUAGUAUGUUUAAGAUGUAUUUGUCUGACCUCCUGUCCAAACCCUCAGGCGUUACUCCCAGUAUUGCAACCUUGAAGUCUUGCAGGAUAUUCAUUUAAGAAAAAACCUCCUUCAGGGUGUUGAAAACCUCCAUCCAAAACACACUUAAUUUAGGGCAUAGCCAAAAUAUGUGGAUGUAUUUAGCUAUUUGGGCUCCACAGUUUCUCCAACAUGAACUGGGAUAUUGUGGACCCAUCUUGGACUCUAUCUCUGGUGUUCUGAAAUAUCUAGUUAUUCUUUUCCAUUUGAAAUCCCCCCAUGUAUAAGAAUUUGUAACCAGAUACAUACAUUGUACCAAUCCUCCUGAGAAAUGUCUAUGUUUGCCUCCACCUCACAUCUCCCCUUUGUUUGUAAAGAGUUAUUUUGAUUGUAGACAUACAUUUUAAAAGUUAAUUUCCACACUGCUGCUUCCCACACCAUCCACUAAGUCCACAGUAAACCUCCAGGACGGAUAGAUGAGCCAAGAGAGACAGUGAUUGAAACAAACAGGGAGUUGUCUGAGAAGCGGAUCUGGUGAGAAAGCAGUUUUUCACAGACAUAAACAGUGUGACUGCAGUGAGAGUCUAAAGGGGGCAAAAUGUUAAAGGAAGUCAAUGGGGUCUAUUGUCGGCACUGCAUGCAGCCCAGUUGCAGAGCAAGCCUCAUUGCUGAAGCUGAGCAUGUCAGAGUAUCAACAAGUGGAAACAAUGAGUUUUCUGUAGAGGAGGCGGCCAUGAUUCAACCCCAAGAAAGUGUCUCAGCUGAAACCCUAACCUAUCUGACUAAUAGUAGCUUAGAUGAUUCAUUUUGUCCAUCCUGAAGAAAAGCUAAUGUAUGGCUGUCAUCCUUAGAGUACAGUUUAAUUGUUUUCAUAUUCUGAAAAUAUUCAAUAAAACUGUUUAUCAAGCUUAAUCUGCCCUAACAAUACAUCUAACCAAUAAGACUUCUCCCUUAAGGGGGAUUUCCAUUACUUUAAUUAGCUGCAGAUUCCAUCAUGACCAGUUUAGAAUUUAAAUCAUCUUAGCUCUACUGGAUAUGACUCAUUCUCAACUUAAGAUAUGGCAUGUCUUAGUUUACUGGUACUUGUAAUUCUCUUAGUCGUAUUUAUACUUAUCUGUUGUAACCAGUGAUGUUGGCAAGCUGUGCAAAUUUCUGAUCUUAAUUUUGAAGGGAAAACGUAAAUUGAAAUAGAGCACAUCAAUAAUACAAGACAAGGGCAACGGAUAAGAUUUAUACGGACACUCAGUGACAAGAAAAAAGAUAAAUCAUAAUAUCUGACCAGACAGGGACAGAUAAUAAAUUCACUUGAUAAAUAAUCUUAAUUUAUGACGGCUGUCUGUGACAAAGACCAAUAUUUGGUCAUUUUGAGACCCAGUUUCUAAAUUGUAUCAAAUAUUUUGCUGUUGUUUUGAGAUCUUUUUAAGAAAAACACCAAUAGACUUUUAUGUUGUUGAGCAGUUUUCACUUUCUUUCACUUUAACUUUUUUUCCCCUCAUGACCACAUACGUAGUACGGAGCACAAACAAAUAUUAGACGAGACAAAUAAUCAGACGUAGCAAGCAGGCAGUAGGGCUGUGCGUACUUUUUACAUAUAUCUCUGGCCAAAACAUAACACAUGGAACAAAAAGUAUCAUUUAAACAGAGGAAGGACAUGCCUCAGGAAGGCACCCAGCUGAUAUAUAACUUUUUUUAUCUGACUGUAAUAACAGGAUUAGUUUAAACAUAGAUGAGCGACAAACAUAAUAUUUAGGAAUGUAUUUUUCUCUUAGAUAUGCGAUACAUGCGAUACUUGUGCAAUCCAUUCCCUCACAUAUUUGUUUGCUGACUGACUAGCUGUUGACCAACCCUACUCCCAGGUGAACAGAGUUUGCAUUAAGUGCUUGAUUAUGUUUGUUGUCCUAAUAGACUGACCCAGUUGAAGAAAAUCUGUUUUGGAUUCAAACACUGCUCCAUUAGUGUCUUGUUACUGUUUCAGUUUUUACUUCCAAGGAAAGAUAUCCCACUAUUUGGGAUAUUGCACUUGUUCUUUCAGGCUUAGAUACCUCAAGGUAACCACCGUGAGCUUCCUCUGAGGAUAAUAAGUUGAAAUACAGCUGAUAUUUGAGAAUCAAACAAAUACGAGUAUCUAUCUAUCUGCCUCUGUUAGUGUAUUUUGAACCUCAACGGUCACCGUAAUGGUGUAAUUCUACGACUUAAUGGCCUUUGUCUGUUUGUUGGUCUUUGGUAGUAAAUGGAGACGGCCAGUAGCCAUUGAUCAUUUGAUUUCCAUAAUAGAUUCUGCCUCCAGAGCACCAAUACAUAAUGGCUUUAAUCUUGUUAGGGCCAUAAUUAGAAACACAUGAAGUCAAACUACCACUCACAUGAUGUCCCAGUUUCCUGUGGCCUAUACUGCUUUUUUCAAAUCUAGGCUAUUAGCAGUUGGGUGUAGCCUAUUUUGUGCUUUUUAGACUGUAAACUAUGCCACAAUAAGAGAUCAAAUGUUGAUUAUCUUUGUGGAACAGAAAGGCAGUGUUUAGUCAGUCUGAUGUCAUUUUCCUAUCGUGGGCUUUGUAUGAAUAAGUAAAGAAAGCCACCCAGACUUCAGAAUGAAUGCUGCACAGUUUGACAGUAAGGGAGCAUGCGUGAUGUAGUUGUUUAUAUCGAACCAGUUGCUGCAGAGAAAUAGUACUGAUGUGCAUCUGGAUAAGAGUGAGGAAGGAGAGUUUUUGUAAGGAAUUUUAAGUAGUGCAAGCUGCCUCUUUGUUGUCCUGCUUGUUGUGGGUUUGUCCUAUUGUCUUGCCUGCAUGGACCUGAGCUGACAAACUCUCUGCUCUGACUUGUUUCAUGAAAUCUUCUGUCCUCCUCCUGCAUUCCACUCAUCUAUCAAGUUUCAUUGGGUGUUUGGUGUACAUGCAUUUAAUUGCACACAUGGGCUCAAUCUCUACUCAGACUCCUCUUGGCCUACCACCCCUCCCCUUCUGCUUUGCAUAGGGUUGGGUGUCUGGUUUCUUUAAGGGGAUCCAGAGUCGCGGUCAUCCAACCCUUCAAGAUGUGAGGACAAGGAUCAGUGAGGGACAGGAGUUCAUAUUCCAUGUUUUGUAUGUGAGUCUUUAACACAUGUUGUGGUGGUCCACUUGAAUUGGAAACUCUGAAAACUCUGAAUGGACCUGAACCCAGACAAAGGCAAUGAAGAACAAGAGGGGGCAGAGGGGAUUUGGGAUUGGACUAAGUGAGAUUAUUUGAUGUACGCCUGCUAAUACCCUAUUUAAGAAGUAUUUUGGCGUUUUUCAAACUCAAAGUAGUGCCAUGUUCGUUUCUGUAUAGGGGUCAAGAGGGUGCUUGUGUACCUUGGCUAUGAAUUUUGUGAGCAAUGACUCUCUUAUUCAAUGUGCAUCAAUUUCCAAUAUUUCAAAGUUUUGGCAUAUUUGUGACUAGGGCUGGACGAUGAAACGAUAAUGAGGUAUAUCAAAAAUGAUUUUCCCUCAAUAUCGAUAUGAAACAUGGUCAAUAUGCUUUUUGAUAGCCGGCGUUCUGCCAUGUUUUGGUAGACUAUACGAAUAGCCAAUGAAAAGGGGAGUUGCUCCAGGUCCGCGCCGCACUGAACUGAUGAUUUUGUCCGUUUUCUCAAGCGUAACGCCUUACGACAAAACGCUGAAUAGACACAAAGACCUUACAGAUGCAGUAGCUUAUUGUAUUGCGAAAGACCUGCUACCUAAUAAGCACUGUUAAAUUAUUUUUUUUAUAUCAUGAUAUAUAUCAAAAUCGACUUAUAUGGAAAAAAAUAUAUUGUGAUAAACUUUUUCCCAUAUCGUCCAGCCCUAUUUGUGACUAUAUCUAAGUGUAGAAGUAGAUGUAGUGGAAGAAAACUUUCUCUGUGGUUACUGCAAGAGCUCUUCUCAGCCAACACCUUGUAAGCCUGGUUUAAAGGUGUGAACUCAAUGGUUAGAGGGUGCAACAGCGUGCAAAUCUUGGAGGUAGCAUUGCUGAAAAGUGGAACAACUGGAAACCUUGACUGCAUCUGGAAGUUAUUUGUUUAAUGUUACACCCUAUGAGGCAAUUAAGAAGGUAAAUGCGGUAUUGUGUAGUUAUACAUAGGUCUUAGAAAAGUCAUCUAAGGCCAGUAGAAAGUCUUCAUGUUGUGUCAGGUUUUUUUCUUAAAUAGAGUCUAGCUAAGACAGACAUUUGUGGUGAUAUGUCAAGUGAAAAAGAGGAACCAAAACACCUGUCUGUAGUUUUUCUCAUGUCUUUUCUGUCAAGCUGUCUGUCUGGUUGGUACAGACUUUUUACCGUUCAGAUAGUUGAUCAUUUAAAAGACAGACAGAAAGCUUGGCUGCCAACUAAUUGUUCCCUGUUGACCAAAACCCUCCCUGUGUGUUAUCUUAGAUAUUAUUUCUGAUGUGCCUGCAGCCGUGCAGUGGAACAGAGAGGCUGGGCAAGUUGUGUGUUAGUUCCUCUGGGGCUGUGAGGGCCUGACAUCCAGAUAAGUGACUCAUAAAACCACAGGUGGUUCCCUCAUUAGCAGACAGCAGCCAGCAGUACAAGAGUUGUUGUGUCAUUCAGCUCAACUCCCCCAAGACCUCUGUAAGGGCAAUCUGCGCUUUAUGGUCUGUCUCAUCUUUACCCUCUGCCAAACACACAGCCCUGUUAAUUAACAGGCUGACUGGACAUAACACAGCUCCAAGGUGGCACUGUUUCCAAGGUCUGCAUGAUGAAAAUGUUGCAUCAUGCUAUUGUACUUAAGUAUUUUCAACUUCAGCUUAAGGGAUUUCAGGUGAGUAAUUACAGAAUCAAGGUAUCAGGUCUAAAACUGAUGACUGACAAAGCAGGGAAUAAAUGGAAAGGAAAUUAUCAAAGUAGAAAUUUUAAAGUAGGUAAUUAUUAAAUAAAUGUUGUAUUAUGCAACUGAAGUAUCUCAAAGAGAAAAGUACACUAGCUACAGUAGCUUAAUGAUAACAGCAAAGAAGUAACACUUUCUGAGACAUAGAUGUGUAAUGUUUUUUACUUGGGGGGUGUCAGGGUUUUGACCAAUGUGUCAUAUGGUGAUUAACAGGCAACCACUGAUAAACAGGAAGCAUGUUUGAAUGUUUCAUUGUUUGUAAAACGGAAAUCAAUUGAUCCAGUUGACAAAGUGCAAAGACAACAUCUCAAACAGUGACACUGAUCAAUGUUUUUUGAGAAAAAGGAGCUCCUUCUAAAUCUGAUGUCAGCAUGUUUCAAAACUUGGGACGGGUUGUGUUUACCUUUUUGUUGCACCACCUCUUCUUUCAACAACACUAUGCUGAUGUUUCAGAACUGCGGAGAACCAGUUCCUGGAGUUUCAAGCUUUCAGUUUGCGACAAGUCUCGACUGCAGGCAAACCGUUUUAGCACCUGGACUUUGCUACUACGCAGCUAUCAAGUUGUAAUGUUGGCAAAUUGCAGUUUGUCAGGGUCUUGUCUGAAAAAGGUAGCAUGGCAGCAUGUGUUAUUCGAGAACCUGUUUUGUUCAUUAUGGACAGUGCCUUCUCAGAUAUGGAAGCUACUGAUGCCAAGGGCACUUAUGCCUCCCUAUAUUAUCAGGAAAACUGGCUUUUGAAAUGUGCUGAUAACAAGCGGGGUCCUCCCCCUGGUCUUUGAAGCUGAGGACGGAUGUACACAAUUUUAAAAGAGAACGCCAAAUUAGGUUUGUCAGACCUCAAGACAGUUUUCCACUUUGGCUCAGGCCGGCAUUUUUGUUCCAUUCACAGAGAUAAUCAUAAAAAUGAUGACUUCCCUCUUUGAAUCAAAGAAGUGUGUUCACCAACAGUGGUUUAUAGAAGGGAUUUUAAGACCAUGUAGGGUUUUUCACUAUAAAGUUAGGUCUUUUUUUAAUGCACUUCUGCCUGAGGGCCUGAAAAACAUGGCCUUCCAGUACUUGUUUCUAGCACCAUUAAUCCAUUGGGGACUGUUUCCAAGGCGUUCUUUUUUCCCUGUUGUUUAGCAACAUAACCUCAUCAGUAUUUUGUUGUCUCUGUUCAAACUGUUUUAAAAUAAAGUCUUAAUUGAGGAUUUUAGACUUGGGGUUGUAUUUUGAUCUCUGGGAAAUUUAGGUGAGUUCAUCAACUGAUAACACCCCUUGAAUGGGCAAAAAUAUCUUUUUGACAGCUGAAGCUCAUAGUUGGUUUCCAGCCUGGCAGCCACUUAAAAGCUAAGUAUUGGGACCUGAAAUGUUGUGUGUAGAAAUCCUACAAAUUUUGAAAUGCAUCUGAGGUGGUGAAUGAGCAACAAAGGUUAUCAUUUUAUCCUUUUUUUUUUAAUAUAAAGAGAGCAGUUUGAAUCUCCAAUUACUACAAGAGUAGUCUAGUUAUCUCACAACAGUAAAGUGCUAUAUUUCCAGGGCAGUAGUAGGUGGAUGUUAUGUAAUGCACGUGUUGGAGCUUCUGUUGUCAGCUGGUGUAGCUAACAGAUUGAUUACUCACUGAUAAAAAUAGAUAUCUGACCUCACUGCAGUGGACUUAAUUCAAAGUAAAUCUACUCUCUCAAGGCCACCUUCCUCGUAUAUUUUUCUAGCUCUGACUUGUUUGUGUGACUGUGUUGAGAUGUUUGCGGCUUGUCCUGUUAGAGUUUGUUUUUCUCUAAGGCUGUUAUGACAUAUCUGGUGAAGGUUGCUAAAGUGACUUUCAAAAGGAUCUAUCACAGCAGAUAAUUUAUCUAGGAUCUAUGUGUUUGUGUUGCAAUGUGUUUUAUCACCAUGUCAGAUAUAUUAAUCUGUCUCCAUGACGUUGUUCCUUGAGAUGAAGAAAAAUCUGCAUCUUUUCUUUAAAAAAACUGACUCUGAGUCGAAGUGGGGUAGUAACGCUUUAAUUAGGUUUUAUCGAUUUGAGGACAACAAGAAUCUGGCAUGAAAACAUUAAAAAUAUGAAAGAAACAAAUUAAAUUCUAUAAUGAAGCUCAGCUAAUUGAAUUAAAGUCAUAAAAGAGGAGCUGUUUCGAAAAGUUGAAUCUUUUUUUUACCUAUUUUUCCAUCAUUCUUGCUUCCUAGCGACACAUCCACGCUAUUCUACCCCAGGCUCAGACCAACAUUUUUGAAGUAAAACCGAAUCUUAUUCUCCUUAUUUUAUUUCUGAAAAUAUGGUCGAAAAUCGGCGAGUUUUGGCCAAUUACCGAUUAGUCUCAAGCAGGCUAAAAUUGGCAGAUUUAAUCGGCUCACUAAAUCAGUCAGGCCCUAGUAAACAUGACAGAGAAAAUCAAUCCCUAACCGCUUUAUCCUGGUAUGUUAGUCCAACUCGAAACCCAAAUCAGAGUAGCUUUCUAACUGUCAGUUUCGGUCUUAUGUCUACGAUAGGAAAGCUUUACAAAGUUAUUAAAAAAUCUUUUAACAAAGUUUAGAAUAUGCCUUUUUAGAUGAUUAAGUUUUCUUAGAUAAUGAACUAGAUAAUGGAGAAUGAUGUGCAGUGAAUUGCUAGGGCUGGGAGUUGAACCAACACUGGUACCUGGAUGAGAGCCUCCAAAUCUGGGGCAUCCUGUCUAACUGCUGAGCCAAUACAGCUGAAAACAUUGUCUUUUUAGCGGCUCUAGACUUUUCCUCAAGGUUUGAUUUGGGCUUGGUCCUGCUCACAUAUUUAAAAUGAUAGUAACUCUAUGAUCCAAUUAUAGGAACAGUAACACAGCAGCUGUGUUGCUGCUCGGUUUAUUCUUGGUCCAUCCAGAUGCUGCAUACAGCUGUUCACUUGAGUCUAGUUCUGCUUUUAAGUUUCUGUCUUAUGUAGUUGAACAUUUGUGAGAGGUAGAAUACAUCAAAGAGUUUGCUCUAGACCUGUUCCCUUUUGCCAAGUGUCCUGAGACAGUUUUUGUUAGAGCUGGGUUCUAUAAAACUGAAGGAUUUUUGAUUGAGUACUUGGAAACCCAACAUGAGAGUUGAUGGGUGUUUAUUUUUGGCCCAAUAAAACACUUUUUAUCGGGCCGGUGGGGUUUGGUAAGGAAUUUGAGCUCUGUGAGAAUGAGUUCAAGUCCACACUAUCUGGCUAUUAUCCAUCAUUGCUUUUAUAGUGUUUUAAAUUAAUGGGUAAUCAGCUUAUUUUUCAUAUGUAUUCUAACUGUUUAUACAGGUUGGAUAGCAAUUCAUUUUGUGACUCACCACUUGUUGACUAAUUGAUAUGAAUAUUUUCAGAUGUCAGGCCAGAGCUUCCCCCUCUGAUUCUGACUCAUUUGACUCAAUGAUAAUUUCAAUUUGCCCAGGGUUGUUGGAUACAAAGCCAGGGAAAUGUCAAUCAAAAUGUGAUCUACGUCGCCAACACAGUUUUGUGAAAUCGUCUCAACACCAAGAAGAGCUGUAGUUUAAUCAAGGAUUUGUAAAAGUGAUAAGUGAUAUUGUUCUUAGCCGAGCUUUCAAUAUGGACUCUGCCAACGUCACAGUAGUGCUAAUGAGCUUCUUCUGGUCAACUUCAGUGUGUUAAACCUCAGAGUACAGACAGGUAUUGCGUCAGCUUGUGACAUGUUUUUGAGGUGGGCGAACGGAUCCUUGAAUCUUCAAAAUGCUUCACAUUCCGGGCAUAUUAUUCAUCUCUUCUGUGUCCACUGAAGCCAACCCUGCUGAAACCAUUCCCCUGACCCUCCCAAGUAAUUAAACAAGGACAGACUUUGUGCUGCUGGCCAGUGGGCAUCUUAACAUGUCAUAGUUUAGCACAACUGCUUACUGUGUUAGAGCGAAGCCUCUUCUGUAUAUCACCCUUCAGUUACUAAUAGGAAAAUUCAUACUUCAUAAAGCUUAGUGGGAGUAUAUGAACUGGACUUUAUGACUAAAUCAACUACUGGACCAUACAUAGUUAAUACUUAACCACAUAUCUGUCACUUUACCAGGCCGGCCCCAGCAGUGCAAAUAUUGGCUUUGUAUUGUCUCUGUGUUGGGCGUUAGUACAGAAGGUGUAAAAGGAUACAGGUGAGAGUAUGUUGUUCACUCUUUGUUAGUUUGUCUAUCUGGACAAAAAAGACCUGUAAAGGGAUACCUCUCUUUCAGAAACGGUAUAAAAGCACGGACAACACCCUUAGGACCCAAUACAGGGAGACCGCAAACAAAGCAUUCCUUUAACAACAGUGAUUUGAGGGGGAAUAUCAUGUUUGUUUGACGUAACAAGAGGAGAGUAUCUCAUGUAUUGUCGUGGUCGAUGGCAAAUCUCAUAUCAAGUCGAGCCUGUCAAACAUUGAGUGACCCAGUCCUAUUUUUUUUUCUUUGUCAGCAUGAAUAGAUAGAGACGACAUAACUCUUAUCAUCACACUGCCAGCACAGUUUUGUCUCUGUUGCAAUCUCCCUCCUCUUUAUUUUUGGCUGCAUCAUCUCACUUGUUAAAUAACAGCUAAAUCACUUCUUCUGUAAAGUCGCCCUGAAAGACUCUCAGUUGCUUUUUCCUGCGUUUUACAAGACGAUGAUUGAACCCUGCUAGGAUACCCCUAUGUGGAAACUCUGGAAUUGUUCGAGAUUCGUUGUAGUAUCCAGCUCAAGCUCAGGCAUGUCGUUGUUUUGAGAAGUUCUUAUUAUGACGGCUUCAGGAACUGGGUGUUCAAUUAUUCCGAGUGUUUCCCAAGCGGCAUCCUGCAUUUGUUAGAAAUGAGCUAUGUAUUCCAGAUGAUCAAGUGUUACUGUGGAGGCUUUUACAGGGGGGACAUGCAUGUCUGCGUGCCUAUCUGUCUGCAUGCCUGUCUUGUGUUUACAGCCUCCGGGCUAUACGGCUCUGCGCUAACAUCUCUUCAGUAUUCACGCACUCCUGACACUUUGACAAAAGCCAUUCUUUUCACCAUCAGAUUUUAAUCUCAAAAGCCGCAAGUGUUGUACAAACCGUAUAAACAACACAGAGUGAAAUGAACUACAGGAAACUAAUGUGCAGGAAUAGAGAUAGAGUAGUAGAAAGUAGAGUCAACAGGAGCUGGCUUCUGGUCAUGCUGGCAGGGAAACGAAUGAAGGAAGAGGCGAACUCUAAAAGACAGAAGGUGAAGAUAGGUCAGAGAAACAAUUUUCUUCCCCUCCCUCUGAGGCCGAUGCUUUUGAGUUUAUGAAAGAAGGAGAGGGAAUUUAAAGCGGUACAAGUUCCUCUUUAUUAUGAAGCUCAAACUCCCAUUAGGGAUUUUCAAAAGGCUUAAAACUUGCAAAGUAGCUUAGUAAUAUACACGAGAAUUUGUCAAGGCUGCAGUGCAAAAUAAUCAAGCAAACUUUAGCAGAGGUGCUGUGGUGUUAAAGUUCGACUAUGUCCUUAUUGCAUGUUGUUGUAGGCCUUUGUAGUGGAGUUGUUCAGUGCCACUCUCGGCUGCCUAAAGAUGGGCUAAGGAUGGACUGUUUGUGUUUGUGUCAGCUUGACAUAUUGCACUCUCGGGUGGGAUCUUUUUCUGGUGAUGUCACAUGGACCGCCUCGUACAUUUCCCCCUUCUGUCGCCCCCACUGUGCUUCUCAUAGGAAAGAUUAGCACACAGGGGAGAAAAGCAGAUACGGUAAGGCUUUAAUUGAGUGUAUGUGGUCCUGUAUACAGUUAUAGAUUCACUAAAGCUCAUUUCUUUCAACUGAUCCUACUGUUACUCUGUUGACUUUCUUGUGUUUGUGUUUGAAAACGUGAGCUGUGAGGAAGUGAUGACAUGAAACCAGUCAAGGGUCUGACCUUUGUCCCUGAGGUUUCAGCGAUGUUCUAUCUUUGAAUGGAGCGGCAGCUGCAGGAUGCCUGUGGAAGCCUGCUCCUCUUUGAUAGCGAUGUUUCGCUCAUUAUUUAUGUCUGUUUCCUCCUGUGUCCAGGCUGCACUAAAAGCCCUAAAAAAAAAAUAUUCUCUUUGAAAUGUAUUAAAACUAACUAUAUUUACAUCAGAGAGGCAUUUGAUUGAUAUGAGACAACUAAAGAGAUAACUUCUCAGCACAGGCGUGAGGACACUAACCUGCAAGAUGGACUAAAGGAUAGAGGUGCUAGCUCUGCAAGAGUUAGCCACACUGGCCAUUUUUUGAUUGCUUUUGGACGAGGGCUGGGCGAUAUGGCCUCAAAUCAAUAUCACAACAUAUUGAGCAGUUCACCUCAAAUGGACGAUAACUACUCCACAAGCUGCUCACCCACUUUUGAACCCUCCUCCAUCUCCUCACCUGUCUUUCCCUCGUUGUUACGGACUGGAUGAGGUGGAGUCACGUCUCUGACGCAGGACGUCUUAAAGGGACAUGAGACCACAGCCUACCUACACACAUCCAAAACUAACUUUUAUUUAUUUGUUUUAUUGACACCAAAUAUAUUAACCUGGGCAAAAUGACGUUGGUUGUUGUUUUCUGAUAAUCAUCCAGCCCUACUUCGGUCUAGUGAGCUAAUAUGGAAAUAAACUUCCCGUUGAAAUGACAAGGAAAUCAGUCACUUUGAAACACCCAUAGUCCCAGUUUUGUUUCAGACAUAUGUGUACAAAAAGAUGUUUGCAUUAUGCCGUCCAACCAAAGGCUGGAUCAGAAAAGACCAGAAAGAAAACUGCGUUCUAAAAUACUCAGAGAAAAGGUGGACAAACAUUUUUGUUCUCUGACAAAAAAAAAAAUGCUCUGCACAUAUUUUUUACACCUCAGGGAUACACUCAAUAAACAAAACUGUGUUUGUGUACAGGAAACCCCACAAGGCUUUUUUUUUCAAGUUAAACUUGCUCUGCUAUUGUUCACACCACCAAGGGGGGCCUUGAGACAGCCUUGUCAAGUCUCCACCCAAAACCACGAUGCAGCACUUCCUCAAAACCAAGUAGAAGAUUGUGACUGAGUGGGUGUUUUGCAAAGCUUUAACAUCACAGAUUUGAUGAAGUGAAAGUCAAGUGACAAUUCAUAAUAGUAGUUGAUUUUUACUCAAGUGCCUCAGACUGAAAAAGUUACUAUUUCACUACAGAUCAUGGCUGUUAACUUUAGAGUAAACGCCAACGUUUUUACAGCCUCAUCUAAAGACGAAGAGGGUUGUGGGUGUGGUGUCACUUUGAACUGAGCGACUCACAUGCUGACAGUUCAGACAAGUUGUUUGAAGCAGGGCAGGCUGGGAGAUGCUGAGUGAAACCCUGCUGGGUAAAUAUUGAUUUUGGGGGAAGAAAUAUUAGGUCUCAGUAAAAUAAUAAUUGUAAACCAGUUGGCUAAGUUUUCUCAGACAUGUGAGCACACUUCAAACAAUAUGGGACUGUAAUAAAUAUUUCCAGUAGUGCUAUGAAAGCAUGCGGUUGAUUAUUCAACCCGGAGAUAAGGUGUGAGUUGUAAUGUACACCUCAGGCUGUCACACAGAAGCAUGGUUGUUUUUCCAUUGCAGUGGGUGUAAUUUGCAUGAUUUAAACAACCGUAAGAUUUUCCUCUGUCCUUCAGGAUUAAAACAAUGAAAGUCGUGUUUAAUGCACCUCCAGGGUGUGUAUUUCUUGCUUCAAGUCAAUGCCCACGUGUUUAUUGUUAUAUGACACAUAGCUGAGAUGAUUUAUCCCUGACAGUAAGUGUAAACUCUCUGUCGGUUGGUUUAUGCGCACACUCAUAGUUCUUGUUUGUAAAGCAUAUAGAUCACUGACUCUUUAAAACCUCAAAAACCUGAACACUGUUUUCUCCUGCUGCGUGCGUGCAGCGCUGAGUGCACCUGCUGUGUGUUGUUUUAAUACGAGGUGUUGGUUAAAAAAAGGUCACUUCCUUCUUACGCAUCAAACAUCCUCAAAUCAAUGAUGUGCGUUCUCUAAGUACAAGGCGGCUUCACAAUGUGUAAACACCCGACAAUAGAAGUCCCUGCUCAGUAAGCACACACCUCACCUCUCAAAGUAACGAUCCAAUCUCUCUCUGUGCCGUCUUCCUCCUGGUGUUGAGAAGUUUUUGUGCUUGCUAAAGCGAAACAAAGGCUUUCAAGUGGAAAACCCGGCUUUGUUUGGACAGUUGCUUCAGUUGUUUUCUUUUUAUCUUGAGUAAAAGGCUGAAGUAUUUCUGGACUUUCCUCUGUCUCUGUAGUUCAGUGCACUUAAAACAGUUCUGUGAUCAAGUCAGCCCACUUCUGAUUUUCACCUGUUAAGCCUCUGGCAAGAAACUAUAGCAUUAAAGGGAUAUUCUGGUGUAAAAUUAAUUUAGGGUUAAACACACGGUAACACCGAGUUAGACACCCCCUCGAGAGGUGAAUGUUGCCGACCGCUUGCUUCUCUAGUUAUACCAACUUUAGUAACAACCGCACAACAGCAAUACACAGCGGUCUGAGGAGCCAUAAACAAAGCUUUUCUUCGUGGAAAUGCAAUUAGACUGAGACGCUAAGGCAGAAGAACUACAGCAUCUGCAGUGCAAAAUAAGUAAUAUGGUGAUUAUUACUUCAGGGAAAUGAUGAAGAAAUGAUCAUAAAUGUUCUUCCUUGAGCUGCGUCACCCUGCAGCAGUCCCUAAUGGACUGGCCUGAGGUCUCUGUACAAACAAGCAGCUGCUGGAAAAGAGUAGGUGAGUUGUGUUUACUGUAUUUUUUGCACUAUAAGGCGCACUAAAAAUGCUUUUGGCUUGUCGGAGCACUGCAGCUACUGUAGCCUCAUGGAGAUGCGUGCAUUGAUGGUGCGCCUUAUAAUCAGGUGCGCCUUAUAGUGGGAAAAAUACGGUAGUCUCUUUGCUAAAGAAAUUAGGCAAAGUAAAAAAGAUGUGUGGUGGCUAGUGCUAUGGCUAGGACCCUAUAUGUCCUGUUGAUGAAGUUAGGUGCUGUUCUGAGCAUUAUUCGUGGCUAUAGAGUGGCGUUUUGGUUGAGGUUUGUUUAUGGCUCCUCACACCACUGUGUAUCGCUAUCUGCGGUCGUUACUAAAGUUGGUAUAACUAGAGAAGCAAGCGGUCGGCAACAUUCACCUCUUUAGGGGGUGUCUAACUCGGUGUUACGUUGUGUUUGACCCUAACUUAAUUUUAUGCCAGAAUAUCCCUUUAAAGGCCCCACCGCUUGGUCAUCAUCCAGUGUUUGUUUACCUCAGCACAUCAGGCUUUGCUGUGGUGGGAUUUUCCUCAACCUCGUGUUAAAUGCAGAUUCCUUAUUAGCCUACAGCCAGUGCAAUGUCCCGUGUGCACCACAGCUGAGUCUAUUUGUAUCAUUUUACCCACUCAUGUUAUUCUGAUGCAUGUCGUUUUAGUGAAUAACCACCCACAACUUAAUACACAGCUGAUUUUAAUCGCAUUGCAACCUCAUAUCCACGAUUUAGUUCUUAAACAAAGAUUAGUUUAUAGUUUCAGGAUUAAUUUGUUUUUCCUAUUGCCAGUUAAGUUGAGUGAGAUUAUUUCCCCACCGAGCUCUCUGUAAGCUGAUUCAUAGACCAAAGGUCCUCUGCACAAAGCUGACUCAGUGACAGCUAAUCUCUAAUGUGUCUGAAUUGUACACACUGUUAACCCUCUGAUGCAAUAGCUCCUUUUUUUCCUUUUCAAUCUUUUGCUCUGCUCAGUUCUGACUCCCUUUGCACCCUUAACUCUGCUAGUUUGGCAAGUAUUUUCACACUUUCUCUUAAGUUUGUGUGUGUGUUACAUUCAGGGUUAUAAGGUCAAAUUAUUCUCUGAAGCUUGGCAGGAACAAAUCAGAUGCCAGGUGUUUGUUGGAGUUGUGGAUGACCCAGCUUGUAACCCAUUUUUUUGGCCCUGUUUUUCUGGCCUAAAUGUGCAGGCCUCUGAGCUGAGCUGAGCUGAGCAGAGGGGAGGAGAGAUGAGGUACUGAUGUGCAGUUUGUUGUCCUGCCAACCAGCCUUUUGGCCUGCUAGCUGAGCUCGGCUGGCUGUGUCUGGGCCUGACUGCUGGCUGAUUGCCCUCUUCACAGGGGUGGGGCUGUCUCACUGCUCGGUGCUGACCUUCACUCUGAUUUAUGAUUUCCUCCUUGCAGUCUUCCCCCCCCCCCCUCCUGACUCUGUCUUUCCCUCUAUGCAUGCAGUAGAUCAGGACAUGCCCUCAGAUGUACCUCACACUCCCCCUUGAACACAAGCAGGGCCACCCCGAGUCCACCGCCGACAUCGCGCUGUGUAAACAAACUCAUGAUAUGUAGCAGAUGUGUGGGUUUGUUUCUCGUCUUGUUAAUUUGGAGCUUUGCUGUUGCCUGAAGCUGGACUGAGAGAAACACACACUAUGGAAAACAAUAUUUACAAGUUAAAAAGCUGGUUAGACAAAAUUCCCCCUUUGCUAAAUUUACAUUUUAGGAACUUCUGUCAUUUAUGUCUUUGUUUUUGAGCGAUGUACCGUUACAGUAAACUAAAAGACAUGUUCAGAUUAAUUUGCAAACUCCAGCAUUAAGGUCCUUUCACACCGGGACCGUUUUUAUUCUGCGAUUAUUUGGGACGUCAGCGUAGGCCUGGGCGAUUUGGCAAAACAAAUGAUCACAAUAUAUUUUUUCAUAUCGUCCGAUCUCGAUUAUUAUCACAAUUUGUUUUUAAACUGUUUAAAAAUUUUAAGUUUUAAAGCAUCUGUACUAAAAACUGAAGAAACUAGAGAUUAGUUCAACAUUUUAUUAAACAGAUCUGUCGUGUUGCCGGUUUUUGAAGCCAUCGACGUACCUUACACAUAAGCGGAAUUUUUCGUCGUCACUUUGGAGAUACCCGAACCACCACCACACAACCAACGUUGAAUAAUUUUCGUUCUCAACAAUAACAUCUUAGGAGGAUGACUCAAAGUCACGGUUCCCGUUCGGUCAUUCUCUUUACUUCUCCGGCAACUUACAGAAGUGAGCAGUAUAGACUCUGAUUGACUGUUGUGACGCACAUUUCCGCCAUGAUUGAAUGAGUAAAUACGCUCACAGCUGAUCACUGUGAUCGAACUGAAAUUUAUCACGAUCAUCGAUCACAAUCAUAUAAUCCCAAUUCGCCAUCACUUGAAGUUGAAGUAGUCCUCUCGCUUCCGCCUGGGACGCUGUGGGUUGUUUAGGGAAGGUCCCGCCCUCCUUCGCCUCUGAUUGGCUAUAAGUGCUGACCGUUUGGCUUGAGCGUGUGAUGACAUUUCCAGCAUUACUAGCCAAUCAGAGGUGAAGGAGGCGGGAGUUUCCCCCCGGAAAGUCUUCCCGGGAUGCGUCUUCCCCCCCCCCAGAAAGUCGCAAAAUCGCAUCGGGCUUGAUGUGUAUAGUUAGGCACGUCAAAAUUCGCCUCUGAAAAUUCGCCUUCUGUAAUUCAUGUCGGCCCCGUGUGUAAGGACCUUUAAACUGUAGAAAUCAAGAUUUACGUUUUUGACCCUGCCUGUUAAACAUUUCAAAUGCAUGAUUGAUCCCUGCCCUGUUAAGCGUGUCCUUUUUUCCCUCCAUAUCCAUCAUUUCUCUCGCCUUCACUGCUGUUAGAGUUUUCCUAAUCACAGUGGUUCGCUGAAAAGUACCAUUUAUUCAAUCCUCAGUCGAAAAGAGAUUUAUAUAUCAAGCAUCAUUUGUAAGAUCAAGUCAGGAUGUGGUCACUGAUGUACAAAAGUGUUUCCCUAAUGCAAGACUCAGAGUGCAGAACCCUGCAGAUUCACACUGUUGCUGCUAUUAUAUAGUAAGAGCUUUUCAUAAAUGUUUCAUGGCUGUGAAAUGGAGCUUAACUUCUUAAUUUUCAGUGAUUCAGUGUUGGCAAAACAACCUGUGACUCAGCCUGCUUCUUUAUUUCCUCCAAGAGUUCCAGCUUCCAGGUCGGACCAGUCAUCCGGUCCAUGACUGCGCCCAGUAGAUUUUAGGGAGUGGAUGUGAGAGUCAUCACUAGAUUCUGAUUCAUGGCGUUUUCCUUUUUUUACAGGGAACAUUGUGCAGGAAAGAGCUGAUGAGGUGAAGAAAGCCCGAAGGAGAUCACCGAGGUUCAACUUCUAUCUAUCAGCCUCGACCCUGAGUCACCCUGCCGCCUUCUGUCUGCCACGUCGCUUCAAGAGGAGGCAGGGCUCCCUCUGGGUGCAGGAAACACCAUGUGCCAAAACAGGAGAGGACUCGCCGCUGCCCCAUAGACCGCAGAAUCCCUCGCCGUCUUGCUAGUCCGAGGACCCUGCUAAUCCUCUGCGUUGCCCGCCGGCCAACAUGAAGAAGGUGGCACUAUGGUCAGCGGAGGACGUCUCUGACUGGCUGAGCAAAGAGGGGAUGCCGGAGUACAUCGAUGCUCUGCAUGAGACAGGAGGUCCCGCUCUGCUGAGGCUCUCAGAGGUUGAUUUCCAGACGCCUCCCCUCUCUCUGGUUUCCUCUGAUGGUGGACAGCAACUGUUGGAGCGACUGGAAACGCUGCGGAUAGAGAAUCACAUCGAGGCUCACAAAAACGGGCAUGCAAACGGACACAUCGGUGGGCUCCCGAAUGGAACCACCAAGCCUCAGAGGAAUGGCACAUUAGGGAUGAAGGACUUCAGGAUGGAGAUGGUCCACAUCCCCAUCCCAACGAUGGAGACCGCACGGUCCUCAUUCCCCCCAGAGUGGGGGAAGACGGGGAUCGCUUUCGUCUACGCAGUGGUGUGCUUUGUUACGACCACUGUGGUCAUCUCAGUGGUGCACGAGAGAGUUCCACCUAAAGAGCACACCCCACCACUACCUGACAAGUUCUUCGACCUCUUCAACAGAGUGGAGUGGGCCUUCUCCAUCUGUGAGAUUAACGGCAUGCUGCUGGUGGCACUCUGGCUGAUACAGUGGAUGCUACUGAAGCACAGGUACAGUCCAGUUUGUUCACUCUUUAGUUUGAGGUAAAAAUCUAGAGUCCAACUGAAUCAAAACUUCUUUACUUUCCUUUUUUUCCAGGUCCAUUGUAGGCAGGCGGUUCUUUUUCAUUGUGGGCACACUCUACCUGUACCGGUGUAUAACAAUGUACAUCACCACUCUGCCUGUUCCUGGGAUGCACUUCAAAUGCUCUCCAAAGGUAAAAUCAGCACACUUUAUCUUCACUCACUACUUUUUUUUUUUACUUGCCUGCUUUUGGCACAAACUUGCAGAAGAUAAAUGACUUUUUGUGAGCUAAAAGCCUCUGAGUGCUCUCAGCUUACCACGAUGCGAAGAAACAAAUGUGCACGUUCAGUUUUGUUUUACCAGAUGGUAAUUGCCCUUAAAUAAUGUAGCAACAAUUUUCCAGUUGAAAAGCAGUUUUAUGUCUUUGCUUUCAUUUGAGAUGCUGUCAGAUUUAGCUUUUCUCUUGGGGUUUUCCCUAAAGUACUACCAAAUGGACAAACAGUUUCAGUUCAAGGAAUUAAAAAUAUAUAUUCAAAAAUAUUACAAUUAGUCUGGUUGUGAAAUGUCAGUGUUAAAGUCAUUCAAACUGUUAAAAUAAACAAACUACUAGUUAAGGAGACAUGUUACAACUCAUUGACCUCCAAACAUUUACUUUUUACAACCUUAUGACAUUAUUAUGACAUUUAGUCUCAAUGUACAAACAAGAAAAUACAAAUGUAAAUCGUCUUGAGAUCUGUGUUAGGCACAAAUACAAUAUAUGCAGGGGAAUUUACACUUAACUAAACUAAAUUUGUCCAAAUAGUUGCUUAAAAGACAAAAACUGUUGACACAUUAUAUUUUAAAACUGAAUAUUUUCAGACUGUUAGAAAGGCCAUUCUUUAUUUUCUACUUUUUUUUCUGUUAACCUCAUUUGGCUGCUAAUAAUGUUGAAUAAAGGAGCGUAGCUUUAACUGAGAUGCUUAUUUGCACAGUUUUUUUGAAAUAAUAUUUUCUAAUUUAAGGAUAUUGAUUACCUUUUGUUCUUGGGCCCAAAAUGAGAUCAGAAUCUGAUUUUAAAAAUUCAGUUUAAAUUAAUCACUGAAGCGAUUAGAAAGUUAUUUAGAAAAGAAAUGUGUUUGAAAGGAAGAAUCAGGCUCAUCUAACAUUACGGUGAUUUGUGUCUUUCAGCUGCUCGGGAACUGGGAGGCACAGACGAGGAGGAUAAUGAAGAUGAUCGCUGGUGGAGGUCUUUCUAUCACAGGUUCACACACCAUGUGUGGGGACUAUCUGUACAGUGGACACACCGUCAUGUUAACGCUAACUUACCUCUUCAUCAAGGAAUGUAAGUCGCUCUAUGUUCUUGUAGAAAUGCUGAAAAUUCACCCUUUAUCUCGCUGCAUUUUCUCUAACUGUGAUUGAAUAAUGAUGAAUGUGCAGCAGAUAAUCUGACAGCUCCAUCUGCUAUAACCUUCUGCACACUUACAUGUUUAUUAUGAGUCCUGCUUGAUUUCACAACUUCCAGGAUCUCCCUCACCACAGUUUUCACUUCCAUCUGUAUCUUCCUGACUAAGUGUCAUUCUGCCGCGCUCUCGCAACACGUCUACAAAUAGUCUCAGGAAAUGUUGACAAAGAAAAUGCAGAGGAAGCGUUUUUGCUAACCAAUCACAUGUCAGUCAACACGUCAGUUUGAGCAUGUCAAAACAUUACUGUUAUACAAUCACAUGAUCCGUGCCUCAGCCUCAUCUCUAUUAUCUCACUUAUUUGCUCCAUAAAGCCGCACUGUUGUUUUCCCCGAGCACAAAGGUCACACAGAGUUUUUACUGCUUGGCCGAGUGGCGGAUGUUACAUUUCUGUAGCUGCGUUUAAGUCAACAGUCUGUCCUCUGCUGAAUCAUACGGUCCCUCAACAUUUUUCAAGCAGUGACAUCUAGUGGUGAAAAGGAGAACAGCAUGGUUAAUAUUUCUCCUCUGAACUUCUGAGGCCUGUCCGUAUUUUUCCACCCUGUAGCUGAAGCUCAAGGCCCUCAUGGUAUAUUGAGCUUCAUUAUUUCAGCCUGCGUCUAUGAUGUUGCUCAUCUUCUCAUGUUCAUUUGGCAGAUUCCCCCAGGCGGUUCUGGUGGUACCACUGGUUCUGUUGGAGCUUGAGCGCAGUAGGGAUUUUCUGCAUCCUUCUGGCCCAUGACCACUACACUGUGGAUGUGGUGGUUGCAUAUUUUAUCACAACACGCCUCUUCUGGUGGUACCACACCAUGGCCAACCAGCAGGUGAGUGUAACAACAAAGACUGUGAGACAGUGAGCACAAAGGUCAAUUCAGUGCUGUUUAGCCCAUAAUAAAUGCUGUACUGAAUGUGUUACACUGAAUGUGAGUGGAGGGUUGCCAGAAGUCCACAGCUCACUGAUUUUAUCAAGUUCGGUGACUCAAUUAAGAUCCGUUAAUCCUAUAAUCUAGGACGACAAAUAUGAGAGCAGCUACAGUUGGCACAAGCUAGCUUUGCACACUUUAAAGAUAACACCCCUGUUGUUUUAUUCUUUGACUUUUGUCCCCAACAUGUCACCGUGUUAUACAUUAAGCCUCUGAGGUACUGAGAGGUUAAUUUUUGGCUAGAGCAUAGCCAGCUGUACCCAGUCUUUGUGCAAAUGUAAGCUAAGCAGCUCCGCUCUACAGCUUCUGGUUAACUGCACAGACGUAACUGUAGAUACUUUUCAACUAGGGAAAUUAGUCUGAUCCAAACCGAUUGAUAUGUUUAGCUUUGAAGAGCGUUUAAGACUUUUUUUGCAGGUAUUUCAUUCACUUGUUCAGCAAAUAAUCAAAAACACUUUACAUCCUGUUAUGAACUUUUAAUUCAGGACAACACCUGUCAACUUUUCAAUCAGUAAAUCAAUCAGACUUUAUUUUUAAAGCACUUUUCAUACAUUGAAUGUAGAACAAAGUGUUGUCUAUUCACACAGGGUAUUAAAAAACAAUGAAGUAAAAUAAAUAAACAUACAAAUACCAACCCCCACUCAACACAUACAGCUCUCACAUGUUCAAACAUACAGAUGCACACCAGAUGAGGACUCUUCAACCUGCCACAGGUGACUGAGGAAACGCUAUCAUAAGUUAAAAAAGAUGAGGAAACAUUGGAUCUAGGACUAAAACGAUAAAACCAUGAUAAAAUAUAAUAAAGGUGAUAAAGCGGUAAAAGUCAAUUAAAUAAAACAGUCUUAAAAUCAAACAAUAAAAGAAAGUAAAUUAAAAAAGAGGUAAAAAAAACACAAAAUAGUCACUCUAGGACUAAAAUAGCAUAAAAUCACAUAAUGCAGAUUAAAAGAUUAAAACAAAAUUUAAUUAAAAGUCAGACUAAAAAGGUAGGUUUUUGAUUUACUUUUAAAAAUAUAAACAGUAGGUGUUGCUCUCAGGUCUGCAGGUAGGCUGUUCCACAGCGGGGGAAUGUAAUGUUGGAAUGAUGAUUCACCGCAUGUUUCAGUUUUUAAUUUGGGAACAAUUCAAAGACCACUACCUGAAGACCUGAGGGCUCUACUAGGCUCAUACGGUAAAAGCAAAUCAGACAAAUAAGAAGGACCAAGACCAUUAAGAGCUUUAAAAACUAACAAAAGAACCUUAAAAUCUACUCUAAAAGACACAGGUAACCAAUGCAGAGAUUUUAAAAUUGGCGUGAUGUGAGCUCUCUUUCUGGUCUUCAUCAGCUUUUGUCUGUAGUCUUAUUUGAAAUAUCAGUAAAGUUUAUUUAACGAACCUAAUUGACCUUUUUUUUUUUUUUUUGGAUGUUUUGUUUCAGUCACUGAAGGAGACUUCCCAGAGUAACCCGUUCUCUCGGGUGUGGUGGUACAGACUGUUCCAAUACUUCGAGGAGAACGUUAACGGCACGGUCCCUCGUAACUAUCAGCUGCCAUUGUCAUGGCGAGUGCUCCCGUGGAACCGUGGCGUGAAGUACAGCCGACUGGACACCCAGUGACCACUCACCGUGUCAGCUGGCAAGAAAGGACUUUGACUUCCAUAAGUGCUGUUUUUACCACAGCGGAGAUGGCACUGUUAAAUGUAGCGCUGUCUUUCCCCCUCUGGUAACAGACACACCCCUGUCCACAUGGGUAGCACUGUGACCCACCUAGUAUUUUUUUUUCCUUCAUAUACAUGAGUAUACAUUAAGGUAUAUUAUUUACAUAAAGUAUAUUAUUUUUGUUUUUCUCGUCUUUUUCUCCUCUGGUAGUUUUUGUCAACGCAGAGCACUAAUUUAUAUCAGUUCCAUGUCUUUUCCUCUUUAAUGCCACAUGAUGGUUUGUGUUUUUCAGCAGAGCCUACAAAGCAUUUCGAUAAACCUCUAAAUUGCAAUUUUUUGGGGGCCCAAAAAGGCUUAACUUUCCUUUUUCCCUCUCUCUGCACAAAACCAUAGUUAAUGUCUUCAUGUUUUUCAAGAUUUUCAGUGCAUACGGUGUCAAUCAAAUAUUUGAUAACCAAAAUGCCAUAAGCAUUUUUUCAUUUUUUUAAAAUAGCGAUUACUUUUUGUAAAAUCGCCCUUGCUAAAAUGAGUCAAAGGUGCAAAAAAUAAUUUUUCUUAAGUAUGUCAAACUUUAUUUUUCAAAAACAAAUGAUGUCCAAGAAAAGAUUUUUAGAUUUUUACCUUUUUCAAGAUGGAUAACUGAGAGCAUCAGAAUCUAAUGUGGUGAAACAUAAAUCCAGUGCCUUCCUUAGCUUGAUUGUAAAACAGUUCAAGUACUAUGUGUCUUGUGUCUCUGUGCCACGGCUGUGAACACGCUGUGGUACAAGGUGGUACUUAGUUAUCAGUCUUGUUCCCAUGAAUGUAAAAACAACUAAGCCAGCCUUACAGUCAAAUUGGUUUCCCCCUAAAUUUAGGUGCAGUGAGUGAAAUGUCCAGUCUGUUAAUUUUUGAUGCUUUAUGAUGUCAGUCUGGGUGUAGCAGCUCAAUACUGUUCUAACAGAAAAUCAAGGACUGUUAAUAGUAUUUUUAUGUCUGUAUCAUUUCAUUUCUAUCAAUCAGUCAUUAACAAACACCAGCCAUGCUUAAAGCCCAAUCACAUCUGCUCAGUCGCCCGCUGUGUCUGCUAGUUUGACUUUCCACCAUGACAUUACUCUUUGGCUGAGUUAUACUGGACCUUACACUCUUGUGCAUCAUUGCUGCAUUUCUCACUCAGGAGAUAAUGAGCCCCCAUGCUCUUGUUCCCCACAAUUUCAACUCCUUAUUCUCAUUACCGUCUUUGUCUUGUGUCUGUGUUUUAGUGAAGAGCUCUCGAAGGAAAUGUGACACUUCCUUUGAGUAAAGGGAAUGUCAAAGUUCUGAAAACAGAAGCUGUUUAGAGUUUCUGAGCAUGCCUGACAUGAAUCUGUACAUGGCUUUGUUUGGCUUUUUUCUUGUACUAUAUCAAGCUGCUACUUUACAGUUCGAGGACGACGUCUCCUCUACAUUUCCUCCUUAAGUGCAAACGCCACAACGAUCUCUCUAGGAGUAGCAAACACCUAGCAUGGGACUUGUUAAUGGGGAACAAGCUGAGGCAUGAUGCACAGAGCUGGUGAUAUAUUUGGAUACCAUUGAUUUCCAUGAAUGUGAAAAUGCAUUUGUAUUGUUGUUGUUUUGGCUCUUUUUCUUUGUGUAACUAUGACUGAAAGUUUAAAGAAUAAUUAUUGCACAAGUUCAUCUAUAGGGAAAAAUUUAACUCAAUGUGAAAGUUUAAUUUUAAAAUACAGCAUAAACAGUUUAAUGAGAACUGCACUAAGCUUCAGAUGAUACAUAUUCCAAAUGAGUAAUAAUGAUGUAAUAAAUUAUAUUGUUUAAGGAAGAGGUGAGAACAUAACUUUAAUGUUAGCUUAAAAGUCUAAUACAUUUAAAUGCCAACAUGAGUCUUAAUGUUUAAGAUGAAUAGCAGCACAGGUUAACCUUCCUUCCUUCCUGUAGCAUCGUCAAUCAUUUCACCUCGACAGUCUUUAAGAGCACAGCAGGUUCCAUAAAUACAGCCAAAUGUUUGAUUUGUGACCGUGUUGGAAGCAAUGGUUUCUCUAACUAAUGUUGUACCAGGGUUUUGAUGAGAAUGAAGGUUGGAGUUCAUGUUAGUCCUCUAGUUUGCCAAUCAUUUAUUUUUGUCUGUAAGAAAUGAAAUUUUGUUAUCCUGUAUGUUUCUCUUCAAACUCCUCGCCCCUCUUUGUCCCUUUUUGUGUGUAUACCAGAUGUUUGUAAGAUAUGAUAAAGGAUUCUACUUGGGACGCUUUUGAAUAAAACAUUUUACUAUAAUGUACAUGA